AUGUCUAACUUCGCUACUACCGUUUUUGAGUCUGCUGCCGCAGAGCUCUACGCCGAGUCCGUCAUCUCCGACGACUCCUCUAUCUUCGACGCGUCCGACUCCGUCGGAUCAGGACUCACUGAGUUCAGCUCGGAGCAGAUCCACAUUGCUGGUGCCCUCCUCCACCCGAUAUACGUCCUCAACCGCGUCCACGGCGCUCUUUCAUCCCUUUUGAGCGUCGUUCAGAACACCUACCACGCGUACCUCUUCCCCACCGAAUCGUCCAUCGAGGAGCGUCCUACCAUCCCGGACGUCCUCAACAGGGCUGCUGAUGUAGGAGCUGCUUUGACUGAGUUUCACACUCAGCUCGCCGAGAACCCACAUGUCUUGGCGGAGUUCACCGAGUUGAGCGAACAGAGCUUGCAGGAGUGCCGAGAGGAGAUCGGCGGUGCACUUGAGACGCUCACAUUGAAGAUCGCUCUCGGGGAGUUCAAGUACAGUACCUACGCGUACGACCGCGAAGAAGAUUACGAUUACAUCUACGGAAUGUUGUGCGAUAUCGAUGAUGCUGUGUUGGACCGUAUCGCGGCAAUCACCGCUCGCCUCAACCCUCCCCAGCACCAACGUCAAAGUGGACCCAGGACGAUCCGCGGCAUUGGCUGUGGGAUCAGGGAAUGGGUUCCUGAGAGACCGAAGCUUGAACACGUGCCAUCUUGGAAACGCGAGAAGACCCUCCGUCAGCAGGCGUUGAAGGAGAAGUUGUCUAGAGUGAUGAGAGUUAAGAAGGUCAGGGAGGAGACCGCCAGGAAGAACAGGAUGGCCGUAAAGGCGAGGCGUUUGAGUAACUGA